CUCUCGACUACUUACUCGUAUUCUACGAGUACCGCCGUCGACUGUAUUGCGCGUGACAUAUUUUGUCGGAAACACUCAAUCGGGUUGAGGUACGUAUCUACAUGCAAUUUCAGUGUGAAAUAUUGUCAAGCCCUUUCAGACACAACAAAAAACUAAGAAACAGCUGCAGACGUUUCUAUAUAUUAUUAUUCUGUUCAUCCGCUGCUAUUUUACACAAGAACGAUGCACUCUAAUAACGGCAGUAGAACUAACACGUCGAAGUUUACCGAGCACGCUGCGAGCCAUAUUUUGAAGCGUGCCUCGCCGUUUGUGCUUGACCACAUUAAUAACUCCGAUGGUCCGCUGCUUAACAAAAUGAACCGCCAUGGCUACUAUCAUAUUGAACGACUCGUAAAAAGUACAUUUACCAACUGCAAUAUCAAAAAGAUACGCCAAGUCUACGCCCCGCCGAUGUACGGCAUGUAUUUGCUGCACAAAGAAGAAUCGAGAAUGCAAGGUGUCCAGGAGAAGUUGCUGUUCCACGUGACCACUGAGUCCAGUGCCAUGGAGUCACUGGAGACCGGACUCGACUGGAGGCGCACUCAGCGUGCCAAAUUUGGGUGCGGCGUGUCGUUCAGUGACGACGCCGACUACGCUAACUAUUAUGCAAACAGUUCCCCCUACCAAGGCAUACGUGUGAUUAUGUUAUGCUGCUCACUGGUUGGUGAAACGUACGUGCCGCAGGAGACGUUUGCAAGGUCCUUGAUCAUUCCACCUGACAGUGCGGACACGACGAUGAGCAAUGACGGCCGUGUAUACGUGAAGUACAACGAUUAUGAAUUUUAUCCACUGUUCUUUGUGUACUACAAGCUAAGACGUGAACACCUGAUCGGCAGCAAAUAUUUCAGAAGAAAUAACCGCAAGACUCAGAUGCAGUUAGAUUUUCUCGAAAGAAUGACGGCAGUUGAGGAUAAUGAUGGGGAAAAUGGCGAAUUCCCCCCGGACCCGGAUUUCUCCUCGACGGCCCCGACAAAUGAGUUUCUGUAACUAUAAAGUGUAGAGCAUACUGAUUAUUAUUACAUAAACAAUAAUUGUUUUAAUUUUUACGUAA